AUGGAUGGAUGGAUGGAUGGAUGGAUGGAUGGAUGGAUGGAUGGAUGGAUGGAUGGAUGGAUGGAUGGAUGGAUGGAUGGAUGGAUGGAUGGAUGGAUGGAUGGAUGGAUGGAUGGAUGGAUGGAUGGAUGGAUGGAUGGAUGGAUGGAUGGAUGGAUGGAUGGAUGGAUGGAUGGAUGGAUGGAUGGAUGGAUGGAUGGAUGGAUGGAUGGAUGGAUGGAUGGAUGGAUGGAUGGAUGGAUGGAUGGAUGGAUGGAUGGAUGGAUGGAUGGAUGGAUGGAUGGAUGGAUGGAUGGAUGGAUGGAUGGAUGGAUGGAUGGAUGGAUGGAUGGAUGGAUGGAUGGAUGGAUGGAUGGAUGGAUGGAUGGAUGGAUGGAUGGAUGGAUGGAUGGAUGGAUGGAUGGAUGGAUGGAUGGAUGGAUGGAUGGAUGGAUGGAUGGAUGGAUGGAUGGAUGGAUGGAUGGAUGGAUGGAUGGAUGGAUGGAUGGAUGGAUGGAUGGAUGGAUGGAUGGAUGGAUGGAUGGAUGGAUGGAUGGAUGGAUGGAUGGAUGGAUGGAUGGAUGGAUGGAUGGAUGGAUGGAUGGAUGGAUGGAUGGAUGGAUGGAUGGAUGGAUGGAUGGAUGGAUGGAUGGAUGGAUGGAUGGAUGGAUGGAUGGAUGGAUGGAUGGAUGGAUGGAUGGAUGGAUGGAUGGAUGGAUGGAUGGAUGGAUGGAUGGAUGGAUGGAUGGAUGGAUGGAUGGAUGGAUGGAUGGAUGGAUGGAUGGAUGGAUGGAUGGAUGGAUGGAUGGAUGGAUGGAUGGAUGGAUGGAUGGAUGGAUGGAUGGAUGGAUGGAUGGAUGGAUGGAUGGAUGGAUGGAUGGAUGGAUGGAUGGAUGGAUGGAUGGAUGGAUGGAUGGAUGGAUGGAUGGAUGGAUGGAUGGAUGGAUGGAUGGAUGGAUGGAUGGAUGGAUGGAUGGAUGGAUGGAUGGAUGGAUGGAUGGAUGGAUGGAUGGAUGGAUGGAUGGAUGGAUGGAUGGAUGGAUGGAUGGAUGGAUGGAUAGAUAUACAGCCGGUUCAAGGAGAAGAAUAUACAACACGGAGUCUGAAUUACCUUUUAGUCAGAGAUAUGGUGAACUACGGGCAAGCCAUCAGAGUGAUCAUGGUAGUCGCGGUACCGUCAUCAUGACACCGUACUUCGGUUCGUGGACAGCCCCGUACAUAUACAACUUGGAUGAACCGUUUGUGGUUGUCAUUGUGGUUAGGAUAUACUCUGGUCUAUUGAAGGCUCGUGGUGGUUUAUAG